CAGUCUCUCCAUAGCUCAGUAGCCCCGCCCACCAACCAACCCCUUUUCUGUAGGGAACUUCACAAGUUGCAGAGAAUACCGUAAAAGAAACGUUCUAUCUUCUUCCAUCAAGCUUCUAAAUGGGUGUGAGGUCCCGUAGUCGAAGCAGGAGCCGUAGCAGGGACAGGGACAGGGACAGGAGGAGGGCUCCACGACGCAGCCGCACACCGCCUCGGGGCAGAGCACGAGACAAAAAAGACUCCACAAGAGGCAAACCAAAGAAAGGAAGAGCAAGCUCUUCUAGUGGCAGUUCAAGCUCUCGUUCCAGUUCAACGGGUUCGUCAGGUUCAUCGUCAGGGAGCUCCUCGUACAGUAGUAGUGGGUCAAGUCGCUCAAGUAGUGCCAGUUCUGUCAAUAGCAAGAAGGCAACAAAAACAAAAAAGAAGAAGACGACUCCUCGGAAACGUGGCCGUAGUAGAAGUUGGUCUGCGUCGUCAAGUGGGAGUAGUAGGUCACGAUCAAGGUCAAAAUCUCCAGUACGACCAAAACGAACUUCGACCUCUCCCAAACCAGUAAAAGUACGAACGCCAAGUCCUGAAUCGUCUAAAGUGUGCAUAUCAAAGCUGACCAGAAACGUGAACAAAGAUCACAUUGACGAGAUAUUCUCAAACUAUGGCAAAAUCAAGACGGUGGAUUUCCCCCUGGACAGAAUAAACUCUCUCCCUCGAGGCUAUGCCUAUAUCGAUUUUGAAGAAGUUGAAGAUGCUAAAAAUGCUCUAAAAUACAUGAAUGGUGGCUGGAUGGAUGGGCAAGAAGUCAGCGUACAGAUGGUCCUUCAGAUAAAGAAUCCUACCCCUCGUCCAAGACCCCCUCGUUUCUCCCCUCCCCGCGGACGCAGAUUCAGAUCGCCGCCACGACGACGCGAACCCCCCAGGCAGCAGUGGCGGAGAACCCCCCCUAGAGUUCGCAGGAGGUCACGCUCCCCCUUCCGACGUAGAUCCCCCCCACUGAGAAGAAGACGCUCUCGUAGUAGGUCACCACGCAAAAGCAGAUCACGCUCCCCAAGACGAAAUCGGUCACGUUCCCCGAGACGUAGCCGAUCACCUAUCAAACGUUCCUUUUCUCCGAAGCGGAGCAGGUCUCCCGUUACUAGGAAAUCUCGUUCCCGCUCUAAAUCCCAUUCCCCGAGGAGGAGGGGGCGGUCAAACUCUGCCGGGUCUCAUUAGACUGACCUGACGAACUCUCUUGAACUUUUUUCUUCAUAUUUUGUUACUGCUGAUGUUGUUCCGUUUUCUCACUAGUACACACCUUGCAAUUAUCUUACCCUACAUGUAAUUACGUGCAAUUGAUUCUUUAAUUCUCUUUGUACGCAUACUAUUGUUGUUGUUUGGCAAAUAAAUGCUCUGAAAAUAUACAUAAUAUUAUAUUGAAACCUGA